ACAAAGCCAUGGACUCUAAACCUCAAACACUGCCUUGCGUUGACACCUACUGGAAUCAGGAUGUCGUUGUUUGGUGGUGAUGGCAGCAUAUACGACUCCGAGUCUGACUAUGCACCACCCACCACGCAACCGCUGCUGUCUGUCGCCGCCCCAACCAGCCCUCCAAGUGCGCAGAAUGCGCUAGGCCCUACCGUCCCACUAGAAUCAGAUGCAGAUGAUGAUCCGUGGACCGACAGCGAACCAGAGAUUGACCAAUCGGCCGACGAGCAGCGAACACGUCCCAAUCGCUACAUUGGACACCCGCAAACAUGGAAGGGCCACACGUUAGUGGAUCGCGAGAUCGCCGCGUCGCUCGACCACAUGCAAGAAACGGAUCUUGCCGCACACUUGUACAACGCACAUGCUCUGAAACGUCGUGUACGGCGGCCUGCGCGAGAGACCGCGGCACUGAAGAGUUGGCAGGGCAAGCAUCACUGGUCAAGGAAAACGCAGACGGAGCUGGUGCCAUCGAAAGACUGGACAGCUUGGCCAUUGCCCCCAGCAAGAACUCAACAUUCAGGGGAUGAGCUUCAAGAAGAAACAUUGGCAACCUUCUUGCGAUUAGCAAAAGAGCGUUGGAGUCUAAGGUGUACGGGUGAUGACAUGCCAUCUGCUUCACGAGCAGAUGUCAAAGUGAAGGAUGACGAUGUCCUCGUAACAGACAACGCAGAACCCCAGACCGACGACGAAGCGAAGGAGGCGAAGCGCAACCACGGCAAGAAGCGCGGCAGGAAGCCACAGACUGAGCCUACCACGGAACCGACUGUCCUUGCUGACGAUGCGCAAGCAUAUAGGAUUCUGCAGCCUACAAUCCACUCGAUUCUCAGUAGUGUGGACGAACUUGCACUAGCCGUGCGCCGAACUCGUCUCAACCACUACGGUCGAGGCGCGUACAGCGAUAAGUCAUCUCAAGGCGACUUCACGUCAGACGCAGAGCAAACAGAACCAGACUCUAGUCGUUCUUCAACACCAGGAUCAAGAGGCACUCCGAACCGUAAACCAAGCGUUCAUUCGGCAUCUCGCAAGAACUCAGCAAGAACCAGAUCUGUUUCAAGAAGUGGGCAGGAGUCUACCGACGACCAUAGCGACCUUUUGGACAAUGACUCCAAUUCAGAUGUGACUCAGAGCUCUCCACACGGACGCAAACGCAGCCGAUCCGGAAGCGAGGAUAGUGCUUCGGCCCCUCGCGACUAUUCAGGAACAGCAGGACUCAUGGAUUGGAGCGAGGUGCUUGGAAUUGCAGCCUUGAAAUGCUGGAAUGAGCAAGCGCUUAUGAGGACGGCUCAGCGUUGCGCUGCCCUGUUUGGAGAAAGCAUGUCAUUCGUCCCCUUCGACGAAAGCCUCGCUACGAAGUCUGUCACAGAACCAGUACAUUACACGCCUUCCAGCAAUUUGGCGUCGGGUGACCUGUCUAUUGCGCAUACUGCCCCGCCCAAACGUCCUCUUUUCCAGGUUGGUACUCUGCGCUGCCCCCAUACAGAUUGCUGGGGUCAUGCGCAGGCUUUCGCUAUACCGUAUCGUGUAAUAGAGCAUUGUAUGAGGGUUCACGGAUACGACCCCCGAGAUAAUGAUUCAACCAACGAGGAACGGACAGUUGGCGGAGUACACAUUGAUGGAUUUUUGCAACCCAUUACUGUAAAACCUGGCUGGCUGGGUCAUGGAAGGUCAAAAGCAGGUAGCGAGAAGGUUUUGGAUUUCAAACAGGAAAGAGAGCAAAGUAGAACAGGACCAUGACGAAUGCUCAUCUGAAACAUAAAGCAUGGAUGAUCCAGAGCCAUGCGUUACAACUACUUUGACGACGACCUUGUCAAGUCUUCAAAUCCAAGCACAUUUUAUAUAA